CUUUUCUUGUGUUGUCGUGUCGUUGUCUACUACUAGUAAAGUUCAGCUAAGACACGCCAGCAGAACUCACCGCGCAUUCUUAAACUUGAAUCCACUGCUAUCCCCUCAACACUCUUCUUGUCGACUGCCUGCGGCCUGCACCUCCCCCUGCAGCCGCAAGAAGCCCGUUUGCUCUGCAAUAUGGCAUUUCGAAUCAACCUUCCGCCUGCGACCCGUAUCUUUCUUUUCAGCCUUCUCGGUCUCUCCUUGCUCUACAACAUCGGUAGAUGGCGGCAGAUUGGCGCCCCGGGUGUCACUCCUCACCCCAACCCGAUAGUACCUUAUUUAACCCUUGUGCCGUCCCAAUUCCUCUUCUAUCCCUGGACCUUCCUUACUGCGACAUUUGUUGAGCAGAAUAUCUUUACCGUGUUGCUGAAUUCGGCUACGCUCUUGUAUGGAGGCAAAUACCUGGAGCGCGCCUGGGGCUCCUCGGAGUUUGGCAAGUUCAUUCUCAUCGUCUCGCUGAUUCCCAAUGCAAUUACCUUGCCCAUCUAUAUUGCUUGGGCAGCCGUUUCAGGAAAUCUGGAUAGAGGCCUUGUCCAGAUAUGCGGCGGCGUAUCGAUACAAGCAUCCUUCUUGGUUGCUUUCAAACAGCUUGUCCCUGAACAUACCGUUACUGUCUUCAAGGGUCUUAUUAAAAUGCGAGUGAAGCAUUUCCCUGCUCUCUUCCUCUUCUUGAACACCAUUAGUGGCAUCUUCCUUAGAACAGACACCGCUGCGAUUCUUGCCUGGUCGGGUCUUCUAUCGAGUUGGACGUAUCUUCGGUUCUAUAAACGGCAGCCUGAUCUUACCGGUACAUCGACUGAUGGGCUAGGUGUCAAGGGCGAUGCAAGUGAGACAUUCUCAUUCGCAUGUCUCUUUCCUGAUGCGAUUCAGCCUCCUAUCUCAUUUAUCGCGGACAGAAUAUACAGUACUCUAGUGACCUUGAAGAUAUGCACACCAUUUUCAGCAGAUGACAUCGCGUCGGGCAACGAACAAGCCCUCGCGAGAGGGGAGCAAGGCCUGCCUAGUCUUUUGAGCAACGACAGAGGUGGAGGAACGAGAGGAAUGGCUAAGCGUGAGGAAGCAGAGCGAAGACGAGCCCUUGCGCUCAGGGCCCUGGACCAGAGGCUUCAAGCUGCAGCUGCAGCGAGAGGGCAAUCCCAACCCUCGUCAAUCCAGUCGCUCCAGCCCCCAGCAACACCGACUGUCUCAACGAGACAAGGCAUGUUGGGUGGAACAAGUUAUACCCCGGAUCAUGCUUGAGAUUACAUGAAGGAGAAACGUAAUGAUGCAUGAGGCUUUCUCUGAAAAGGUUAGGUGUACGGGAUAUAUUCUUCUUAAGCGUACGGUUAAAAAUUUCCUUCCUCCCUUGUGUUAUUGUCUCCGGCAUGAAAGUGGACUCUUGAUGAUGGUAACGAGUAAACUAUAUUCUUUUCUUUUGCUUUUCCAAGCGCUCUAUAUCUUAUUUUAUUCUUUACCCUUUCUUUUCUUUCCCAACCCCAGCUCCUAUAUCCAUGUUCUAUUCAUUAUUGUCUGUGACUGAGC